AUGAUGCAGGUGCCGUUUGAUGGUACGUCCCUUGACCUACAUGCAAAUCUUCAAAUUCGAGAUGCAUGUCAACUUAAUACACAAGUUGGAGGUUUUCAAACUAUUCAUCCUUCAUUUUCAUCUUGCAUAUAUCCAUCUCUCGAACAAACAAUUAAUUCAGUAAACACUGAUGCUUUCAAAAAAGAAUACAACUAUGAUACAGAACUUCAAAGACAUAUACUCCCCUCUCUUACACUAAAUAACUUUGGCUUGCAUCACUCAACUUCUGGUUCCAUAAAUCCUAUGCCUCCCAUUACGUACUCACCUGGAGUUUGUCCACAUCCAUACGUGCAUCAGACGUUUUCAAAUGCUGAUUCACCGUCUACCUCAACUGACGUACAGGAUAACACGAUUUGUCCGAAUACAAAGAGACGAAGUCGAGGGAGAAACUCUAGACUUAAUUUCACCAAUAGUUCACCUGGUAUCGAUGAUAAACCCGUGUCAUUGAGUACGAAGGACUCACAGAUAAGCUCUUCAGACUGCAAUUCCGACUGCAGUACCGUAACCAGGUCCUCCGAAAAAAUGAAGACGUCAGAUAAAGAUGAUCGCUAUAUUCAGCGUAGGCUGAAAAACAACUUGGCAGCUAAACGUUCAAGAGACAACCGCAAGCGUCGUGAAGAUACAAUAGCAUUACGUGCUAGCUAUCUUGAGAAAUCCAACUUGGUACUACAAACUCAGAUAUUAGCUUUAAAAAGGGAAGUUUGUUUGUUACGUGGUAUACCAUUUGAUCCAAACUACAAAGUUCGUGUUUUUAAUGACAAUUACUUAGCCUCUUGCCAAACUACUCCACAGUCUAAUGUUUCUACUGACUUCUCAAACGAAUGUCCUUUAUCAGAUUUUUCUCCUAUUGCAUGUUCAAAUCAGACCUUAAACUCUAAUGUUCCUUAUCCUCCAAUCACUGAAUUUCCUGGAAAUUGUGGGUGAAUGUUUAUUUGCUAUUUCUGUAUGUAAAUUACACAGAGCUUUCUAUUUAUUCUUUUUGAUAGCGAUUUUUAAAGAUGACUUCACAUUAAACUGACCAAAUAUUCGACUUCUAAUUCUACCCAUCUGUAUGAAUAUUUUGCAUUUCGGUACAGUCUAUCUAGUCUAUUUCUUAAUCUUUUUAGUUACUUUUGGACCGUUAUUUGCUCAAUUGACUAGGUUUAAUGUUAUAUAAUUGAUAUGUUCUC